AUGAGUGGAUAAAUUUCCUUUUCUGAUUCCGAUGAAAAAUCCUAUAUUUAAAAUGAAUAACAACGAUUACUCAAGAAGUCUAAUAUUUACAAGCAAAAGGAAAAAUGCAAUAACAGUUGUGUAUAACAUCCAAAUAAAAAAGCAAAAUAUUAUGUUCAAUAAGAUGUCAGUAAAUUAUUUUGUUCAAAAUGUGCUUUGGCUUUAGCUCUCAAAGGAUUGAAAAUAGAGGAAACACAGGAGAACCAACCAGAAAUUUAUAGAUAAUAAAGAAUAUAGGGAUUUUAAGAGUAAUUAAGUGAAGUCAUAAAAUAAUGUUCAAAUAGAUUCUCUUAACUAAGCUAUCUAUAAAUGAAUGGCUAAAAGUAAUUAAAGGAAUAAAAAGAAAACUGUAGUUUAUUCUUUGAAACUAUUAUAAACACUAGUAAUUAGUUGAAAUUAACACACUUAUCUAAAUUAGAAACUGAUCACAUUGAUUAAUUAAAAUAAGUUACAGAUAGAAUUAGCCUAAUCUAAUAAAUUGAUGCAUAAUUAAAACAAUUUGAAAUUGAUAUAGCGAAUAAUCAUGAAAACAUAGUUAAAAAUAUGGAAAUGAAACCAUUUGAAGAUAUAAUGUGUCGAUAUGAGAAAAAGGUAUCUUAAAUAAAAGUGUAAAUUCAGGAAUUUAAUUAAGAAUACUUACAAAGGUCAAUUAAAUUUGAACAUAAUCAAAUAUUAGCUGCGAUGAAUAAGAUGUGUUAUACUUUAUUGUUCAAAACUGAAUAUCCCUCUGAUUAAUUACCUUAGUAACUUAAACUGGAAGACACUCCAAAAAUAAUAAAUAAAUAUAAAAAUUCACCUGCAAAGAUGAAGGUAUUUGAAUUAUUGGAAGGUGAUGAUAUCUACUAGAGUACUUGCUCUAAUCCAGUUAAAGAUCACAUAUAAUCUCCUGCAAAAAACACUAUUCAAAUAUUAGAAAAAUAGCAAAACCAAAAAGAGAAUACAUUUUUAAAUCCAGUGUCAACAUUGUAAAAUUCUAGGAGAGAAAGCUAUACUUAUACUAACACCCCAGAAAGUUAUCAAAUUAAGGGUUGUCUAGAUAGAAUAAAUCCUUAAGUAACUUCUAAUGAGAGAGAUAGUUUGAAGCCUAUCAUCAACGUAGGAGAGCAGAACAUUAAUAACUAAUUUGAAUUGAAUGAUAAAUAUUAUGAAAAGUAGAAAAUCACAAUUGAAGGGAAAAGAUAAGAAGAUCUAUAAAAUUAAUAAUUAACUAAUAAUAUUAAUUAGGUAUAUGUAUAAAGACUAUCUAAACAGUCAGACAGAGACAGUUUUGAAGAUAGAUAAUUGACACCUAAACAUCAAAAACACUUAACAAAUGCAACUCCUCAAACUUUUAAGUUAUUAGCCAAUCAUGUAAAUUAAAAAUCCUAAUAUCAAUAUCCUUUAGUGAAUAAUAAUGUAUUAGAAUAAAAGAAUUAAACAGAGAUUUCGAAAAAGAAUUAUGAUUCACAGCCACAAUAAAAACCUUGGACUCCUCUUCACUAGAAUGCUUAACCUAGAAUAAAUAAUCAACUGAAUCAUAAGUAAGAUAACAAUCUCAAUCGUAGAGCCAAUUCAAAAUAGCCUUCCAUAGAUUAAAUAGAAGGAAAGAGGUAAUUUAUACUGGCUAAUAUGAAUAUUUAAUAAUACACUUCCUAACCUAAUUAAGAUACUGUAUGUGAAGAUACUCUGAAAGAGAGAAUUCACAAGGAAUUAUGCAGUCAUCCUCCAGAAUCUAUUUAUAACCAAGUAUUGAAGUAGAAUUGUUAAUCAAAACAAAACAAUUCAAAAUAACCAUAAAAGGAAAACAUUGAAUAAUCAACUACAGGUAGAAUGAAAAGUGUAAAUGGAUACUAAUGUGCAAAGAAAUAAUCCUAUUAAUUAUGA